AUGGGACCAAAUAAUACUGAUGAUGAUAAAAGCAUUGAUACUAAUUAUUCAGAUUUUAUUAAAUAUGAUGAAGAAGAAACAAACUAUCAGAUGAUAACUGAUGAAAAAAUUAUAGAAUUAAUGAAAGAAUUAGAAGAAGAACUAAAUACUAAAGAAUCAAAAAUUACUCUUAUCAUAGAACAGGAAGAAUUUAAUUCUAGGUGGCAAAUUACAUUAGAUUUGUGUUUAAAAGAUGUAGAUAAUAAUGAAUAG